UCGACAUUGCAACUUCCGCGAUUGUUUUUCACAUCAGCCUAAUGUCUCAUUCGAUGGAAUUUGUCCCACUUUCUGAGUGUAUUUGGAAUAACCAACUUAAGAUGUGAUUUUCCUAGUAUUUAAGCUUCCAGGCUUUCACCAAAAGCGACCAUGGUGUUCUUCAACGGUUCGAUGAAACUAAAAAUCUGCGAAGCAGUCGACCUACGACCGACAGAUUACUCGGCCCGCUUUUCGAUGGGGGCCUCCAAAAAGGAGGAGGAAAAGCCAGCUUUAGACCCGUAUAUUGCAUUUGAUGUAGACGAACUACAUGUUGCUAGAACAACAACUAAAGUUAAAACAUCGAAACCCGUUUGGAAUGAGGAUUUCACGGCUGAAGUUCACAAUGGACAAGCUUUUGGUUUGACAGUUUUUCACGAUGCGGCCAUUCCGCCGGAUGAUUUUGUAGCAAAUUGUUCGCUUUCAUUCCAAGAUCUGAAAUCUCAGUCGGAUAUAUGGAUUGAUUUGGAACCUAGAGGGAAAUUGCAUGUGAUAAUUGAACUCAAUGGAUCUGCAUCAGAAGAGCCGCCAAAGGAGCCGCGUGUGUUCAAGGAGAAGGAGGGGCUACUCAACCGCCGGCGCGGGGCCAUGCGACGCCGUGUCCACCAGGUCAACGGACACAAAUUCAUGGCAACCAUGCUCCGGCAACCUACAUUUUGCUCAUUAUGCCGAGAUUUCAUAUGGGGCCUGGGAAAACAGGGCUAUCAAUGUCAAGUGUGCACAUGUGUUGUACAUAAGCGAUGCCACCAGCAUGUUGUGACCAAAUGUCCAGGUAUCAAGGACAAGUCAACGGAGGAUACAGAGGAGGGUGCAGGCACGAGGUUCAACAUCAAUGUUCCACAUCGAUUCUCUGUGCACAACUGCAAGCGGCCGACAUUCUGCGACCACUGCGGCUCCCUCCUCUACGGCUUGUUUAGGCAGGGCCUCCAAUGUGAAGUGUGUAAGAUGAAUGUGCACAAGCGAUGUCAGAAGAAUGUAGCAAACAACUGCGGCAUCAAUACCCGGGACAUGGCCCAGAUUCUCCAGGAAAUGGGCAUCACCACAGACAAACUCACACAGAAAGGCAGGAAAAAGAGCUCUACAAGGCCAUCAAUAAGUGAAAACGAUGCGUCACAGAAGGCAGGAAAUGAUCUGAAUAGAUAUUUACCUAGGUUAUCAGACCCUGACGAUGUUCUAGGAGGGGUCAGCCCUAACAACAGUCUGUCCGUGGGCUCUGGCGACGAGCGUGACCCGCGGGCGCGAAGUCCAUCACAGGAACGCUCUCGUAGAAAAGAUAGAUACACCAUACAUGAAUUCAACUUUAUAAAAGUACUAGGCAAAGGAAGUUUUGGAAAGGUGAUGCUUUCAGAGCGGAAAGGCACAGAUGAAGUAUAUGCAGUUAAAGUUUUAAAGAAGGAUGUGAUAAUCCAAGAUGAUGAUGUGGAUUGUACAAUGACGGAGAAGAGAAUACUGGCUCUCUCAGCCAAACACCCGUUCUUGACUGCCCUGCAUUCCUGUUUUCAGACAAAGGAUCGUCUGUUUUUUGUGAUGGAGUAUGUAAAUGGUGGCGAUUUAAUGUUCCAAAUUCAACGAUCGAGAAAAUUUGAUGAACCCCGGGCAAGGUUCUAUGCUGCUGAAGUGACGUUAGCAUUAAUGUUUCUACACAAGCAUGGUAUUAUAUACAGAGAUCUGAAGCUAGACAACAUUCUGCUGGACAAUGAGGGUCAUUGCAAGAUCGCCGACUUUGGGAUGUGUAAGGAGGGAAUGUACGAGGGCAAACUCACCCAGACAUUCUGUGGAACGCCUGACUACAUCGCACCAGAGAUCCUGCAAGAAUUGGAGUAUGACGCCUCUGUAGACUGGUGGGCUCUUGGUGUGCUCAUGUAUGAGAUGAUGGCGGGCCAGCCUCCAUUUGAGGCAGAAAAUGAGGACGAUUUGUUCGAGUCCAUCCUCCAUGACGACGUUCUCUACCCUGUGUGGCUCAGCAAAGAAGCUGUUUCUGCACUCAAAGGGUUUAUGACAAAGAAUCCUGCAAAGCGACUCGGCUGUUUCAAAACACAUGGAGGGGAGAAGGCCAUAUUGGUGCAUCCUUUCUUCCAUGAGAAAAUCAACUGGGAGUUGCUGGAGCAGAAAGCUGUUAAACCUCCAUUCAAACCUAAAAUUAAAUCAAAGACUGAUGCUAACAAUUUUGACAAAGAUUUCACUACAGAGGAGCCAGUACUGACUCCUAUUGACCCUGCUGUUGUGAAAGCCAUCAAUCAAGAAGAGUUCCGGGGUUUUUCCUUUGUGAACCCAGACUAUGGAAAGUUAGACCAGCAAGGGGCGUCCGGUCCCUCGUAUCAAUGAUGACAACCAUAGUUAUAAUAUAUUAUAUACAAAAGGUUUUGUCUGCAAACACAAACUAUUUCUAUAAAACAGCUUCAAGUUUUUAUUCAUUGAAUUAACUGUUCAUCACUUGUGAAUAUUGUGUCGUGUUUUUGUAUAUGGUAAACUUCACCACAGUAAUAGCAUGGUACAUAUUUUCGGAGUUAGGUCUUUGUGUAUAAUGUACUUACACACUGACCAACUCCUGAAGUUUUAAUCAUUCAUUUUUCACUGUGUUGUUAUUUUGAAUUCCAGAUAGAAUUUGCAGAAACUAUGAAAUGUUUAGUUCCAGUCUUUCAAAAAUAUUGUUACUCUGAAAUCAUCAUUUUUGCAAUGUUUAAAUUUUUGUAAAUUUACUUUGGGCAGGAUUUAUGAUUGUUGCGCAAAUGUGUACCAGAAUAACUGUGCUUCAUAUUUCUAGUCUUUAUAUGUUUUUAAUUAGGAUUUUUUCCUUAUUUUUUGUAGAUACAGUUGUGACUUUAUGUGUUUGUAUGAUUAAAUAUUAAGAUCUGCAAAAUUGUAUGAUUUUCUAGUGUACUAAUCCAUUUUUAAUGGGUAUAUUUUGGCCAGAGCAUUUGUUGUGAAUGUGACAUUAGUGUAGGCGUUAUGCUUGUAACGACUGAAGAAAACUCCAUAACCCAUUGUUAGACUGGUCUGAGAAAUCAAUCUGUGCGAACAUGUUGUUUUGUAUGUAUAUGGUAAAUGUCUUAAUACAGGUAUGCAUGUCUGCCAUGCCCCAUUGGUCAUCUGGAUUAUCCUACCCUCACAAAUGUUGUUAAUCCUGAAACUAGUCGCAGCUUUAGGUUUUAAGAUUUUUACUAAAUGUCAUCAGAAAGGUACUUGUUUGGUAUACGUUUUAUGCUUACUUUUCAAUAUAAUUCUUGAUGUUCAUUGCUGAUGUGCAUUUACUUUUCUGAUUGUUGAUAAGCAUUCAGUUCUAAUGGUAUGAUGUUUACAAUUUGAAAACCAGUCGUGCAAUAUUAUUCCAUAAUAAAUUAUUGCAAUUUAAUGGAACAACACAAAUGUUUAAUUCUGUUUAUAAACAUGAAGCAUGAAAACAAAAGCAGUAAUCUGAAGUUAAUUCGAAUGAUUGUUAAUAACAAAACAUUUUUCACAUAGCACAUAUGACUGUCAGUUCUUUCUGUUUUUGACACUGUCUUCACUGUGGUCAUCAUUAGGAGCAUAAUAACCAAAAAUUGUAUUUUUUGAAGUCCCGAAAUUGAUAAGUAUUAGCAUCAAGUCAUUUAACAUUUAUGUUAAUGUCAUUUCAAAUUUGGUGCAAUGAUAAAGAAAGCUCACCAUCUUAAAUCAGGCAAAAUACAAGUUUAAUAUUAUCACUCAACACAAGCCACGAUUACUUCCCACUAUUAUGAUACUAGUUCAUUACAUCAUUUAUACUCUACGCAUGUUGACACAAUGUUACGCAAGAAUUUAGUCCAAGUUGCAGAGGAAACCCAGCUUGGUGACCUCUGACCAAACUCACAUUCAUCCAUGCUGGGAAUCAAAACAGGAAUGCCUUGGUGAGGAGCAAACACGCUCACCACUUUUAACCAUUAUGGGUUAUAUUAUAACCCAAGGUAUAUUUAAAUUAUUAAAAAUUGAAGUUAUACCUGACAUAAUGCAUUGUUUUAGAUAAUACCAUUUAUGCUCAGUGUUUUUUUUUCAUGAACUUUUGUAAUAGAUAUACAUGCAAUGGGAUUUAUUUACUUUUUACUGUAAUUUUCUUUAUGCUGCCUGUUUUACAAAUAAUUUUUUGGAUACACAAUAAUUCCAUUAGCUAUUUCCAUUCGUUUCACUACAUAUUAUGCAUCUGAGUGAUCUGUUAUGUAUAUAUUGUUAGAAUAUGAAUAUCAAACAUGGAAUCUCCGAUUCAACCUCAAACAUCAAAAUACAAUACCAUUUUCAAUUGUUUGCCUGGUUUGAGAAAUAGUUUCCAGUGUGUUUUAAUCUCGUCUGUUUGUUGGAAGAAAAAAGUCAGGAUAUUAUGAUAGCUUUGGUGUCAUUGUCAGCAUAGUUGAUGUCAUUGUUGGCGUAGUCAAUGCCAUUGUCUGUGAAGUCCAUGUCAUUGUCCGCGUAUUCAAUGCCAUUGUCGGUGAAGUCCAUGUCAUUGUCGGCGUAGUCAAUGCCAAUGUCGGUGAAGUCCAUGUCAUCGCGGCGCAGUCAAUGCCAUUGUCGGUGAAGUCCAUGUCAUCGCGGCGCAGUCGAUCUCAUUGUCUGCGUAGUCUAUGUCAUUGUCCGCCUAUAAAAUCUCUCAACCUUGGCUUUUACUUAUAAACAUUUCAAGAAAUUCAAAUGAAACUUGGUACUAAGGUUGCCAACAUAAUGCGUAGAUGUUAAGCAAGGCCCAUGAGUCUGGCAUUGAUCCUUGUUCAGUUAUGCCCCUUUUUGACUGGAUGUUUGAGUGCUCUUGUUUAUGUUAAUUCAGAUAUAUGAAUGUGAUUUGUUUCGCACAUGAUUGUAUUGUUAACUCUUUUGUUAGUAUAGUUUAUUUUCUAGUUUUGACCAUGCAGCUAUGUUUUUAUUUCCAAAUUGGAGGACUAUUUAUUCAAUGUACAAUGUACUUGUAGUAUAUAUCACAUACAUUUAUACCAAAUAAUUACAUAAUAUAUAUAUAAUCUAGUCAAAUGAUGUACAGAGUUGUUAUUACAGAGUUUUUUAACUUCAGAACAUCACUUUAAUCUAUCAUUUGAUAUGUUGAUGAUAUCCAUUGUUGUUUGUGUUAUGAAGAAAAUAAUAGGUGGGAAUUAAUUUCUGAAUAUUUUUAACCAGGUUAUCAACGAAAACCCGGUUAUUAGAAUGAGGAUGUCGUUGGGCAGGCGCGCAGACAGCCCCUGGGUGUUGAACAUUGGUUUCUGCCCAAUAACUUACGUAAAUAUAGAUGGAUAGUGAUGAAACUCGGUGUGUAGGUUGUUCAUGUGAAAACCUAGCCAUUGAUUGCUUUUUGGGGUGGGGGGGGGGGGGUCAAGGAUAACAUCGAGGUGAGGUCAAGGAUAACGUCAUGAAACUUGGGAUAAAUGCUGCAGCAAAACUUAACACAUCAUAUACUAGAGUAGUUUUCCGUUAUGGAUCUUUUUCAUUAAAAUGAGGAGAAAAGUUUCUGCUUUUUUCUUACUUGUACAAGAAGUUAAUUAAAUUAUUGUUCUUAUUGCGCCUAUAAAAAACCUGGUUUUUGCGCAUUGCGGUGCUUCUAGUUGUUUUUUUAUUAAAUUAAUAUUACUUCAAUCUUACAAUAUCGAGAUGUUUCCAAAUUCGGCAAGCUGUCUCUUGUUUAGGUAAAAAAAAAAAGUCAAACAUGUUGUCUCAUUUUGUUUGUUUACAAGAAACUUCCUCAGAAUAAUGCAAAACUUAUUAUAGUUGAAUCUGUAAUCGAAGUGCAUUCCAAAGGCCAUUAUAUCUCUGAUUUUAUCUGCCAGUAUACCUGAACACAUUUGAUAUUUGAAGCAUAUAAAACAAAAUAGGUGUUUUGUAAAUUUUUAUUGACAUAACCCUUUUUAUCACAGCAUUAUGUUUUAUUUGGCCAUUUUGAUUUUAUCGUAGUGUGUUGGAUAUCCCCAUUUAAAACCAAAGUCUUGCUGGUACUAUCAGAUCUGAUCAUUUUAUCCAUGCUGUAUCUUUAACGAUACAGUGGGCAGUUUCAAUGAAGAUCUUAGUCGAUUUAAGUAGUUAAUUAAUAUUACCGUAGUUAUUCUAUCAAUCACCCCGGUGUUUAUUAAAAUCAUACCUGAGUUCAAAGUAGGGGACAACUGCUUUUAUCCGAGAAUCGGCCAUCAUUAUAAUAUUUGGACUUAAAUAAUAUUUGGACUUAAAGAUCGUAUAAAGCAGAAAAUCAAGAAACUCGUUCUUUGAAAGGAAUGUUGUUUGUGGGUUUUUUUUUUCAAAACAAUUGGUGGGUUUAUGGGAGGCAAUGUUUUUGCACGAUUUUGGCCAAAAAUUGAUGGUUUUCGGGCUGAGAACUGGGGGGUGGGUGAUUUUUACAGGAUGGGCAAUUAAUAGAAUAAUAAUGGUACCUUGGUGUCGUAUUAACGUUAUUUUGUUUAAAAUUUGUGUGAAUUGAACUGCAGUAUUAAAGACUUAUACAAAGUUAAAAGAAAUAAUAAAUCCAACUUAUUGCCGUUUGUGAUGUUUAUACAGAUUGAAAUUACUUGAGUUACGAUUAAGAUCCUUUAAUGAUUCGGGCCGCUGUCUCUGCUAUGAAAUUUCUCAAUAUUUUAUGAGAAAGUGCGGAAGAUGAACUAUUUCUUGAUUCCUUAUUGUUGAUAUUUAUAUGAAAAAAAUAGUUAUAUUACAUAUUAGUGUUCAAGAUCUGAACUGUAUUCAACAAUUAAGUUUCUUCGAAUAAACAGAAGGCUUGUUGACCCAGCUGGAUUUAUGAAUUGUUUGCAUUAAGUGUGUUAUUGUUUAAUUUGAAUGGUUUUGUUUUGCUAUGAUAUUUACAUAAAACUGUGAGCAAAAAUAAUUGGAAACAUUUUCUUGCCAGAAACAGACUGAGUGAAAUUGAAAUAAUUCCAUGGUUCAUUUGAAAUGUGCAAGCAAUGUACGAAAUCAUAUCAUUGACGUUAACACUCUGAACAUGUGUAGAAAAUGACGGUUCUUAUUAUUUAUGUUCACUUCAUGAUAGAUUUAUUUUUACAUGAAUGGAUGUAUAUAAUAACUGGAUCAUUCGGUUGACAUUUUUGUAAUAAGCUGACAUUGUUUUUUUAUUAAUUUACUCUCAUCAAGGGAAACAAUAUUUUAUCGUUCAAAAUCAAUAAUCCUGCAAGUAAAUAUUAUUACUAUUAUUUAUAAACUUUUGAAUGCGAUUUGGUCAUAUUUGCUUCAUUGCCAGUGUUGGAAAUACCAAUUAAAUCUCUAUUUUAGGUGUUAAAGGAUCAAUGCCAUUCAAAAUUAGCAAACACAAUUUCUUAAAAAUGUUAAAGCACAUGUAUAAUGAUGGCAUAGCCAUUCCAACUUAAAAACAAAAUAUGUUUUUCAUUGACUUUUAUAAGAGUGUUUGUUUCAUGAACAAAAUAUUGUUUUUCAUGAACAUUUUUCUUAAACAUAAUAUUGUUUUUUCAUGAACACAAUAUUGUUUUGUUUUUCAUGAACAGAAUAUUGUUUUUUUCAUGAACAGAAUAUUGUUUUUUCAUGAACAGAAUAUUGUUUUCUUGUUGAGAGGUCACUGUGACAGCUGUGUGUGUCCGCUGACUGGCGGUGUGGUUUCUAUUGUGGCAAACAAUUGUUAACAUGCAGUGUUGUUCUCUGUUAUAUAAUCAGCUGGGGUCUCACUUACUUUGUACUCUAGACUCACACUCACAAUUUGGGAUUCACACUGUUUUCAAACAUUUGAGAAAUUACAAAUACUUGCACUUUUUUAAAAAUUUAGCCUUUGGAACACAUGCAUAUUGAUUAUUCACAUGAGAACCCAGGCUAUCCAGCACUGUCCCAUAGAGAAGUACAACUUUUUACAAAAUAGUAAAAGAAAUUAGGAUUUUUCCCGCAAAUUACAAGCAAAAAAGAAGCAAAUUUGGCAUCACUUAUUAAUGAAGUUAUAGAACAUUUUACAAUAUUUUAUCCAGUUUCUCAACAUUUAUGUCCCCGGCCAAUUUAUAUUAAAGCUGCGAUGAAAUUAUUCUCUAAAUGACAGUUCAAACUUGUUUAAAGAUCUAUAUUGACGUGCCGCUCCAGGUCUCAUGACUAAAACAUGCCAGCAAAUUUAGCAGGAGAUCCAUAAAUCAGCAUUUUUUUCAUUCAAAUUAGGUCUUUAUAAAAAGAAGGAAAAAUAAGAAAUGCUUGAAAGCCUCAUAUUAUUUAAACUUAAUAAGUGCAGUUUGCGCCAUGGAAUAGACUCAUAAUAUUAUGAGAAUUGCUGUGAAAUAGACCUUGCUGCAUUGUUCAUACCAUGUUAAUGAUUAGUAUACACACAUGCCAUGAUACAACUAUAGCCAAUAUAGUAAUAUACUCCCAAAUAGUCUCAAUGUAUCCUGCAAGAACAGUUUGAUUGCCACAUCAUAGUAUGGACCAUAUGGCUAUUGUUGUGAAACACACACAGCGUGAUUCCGUGUAGCCCUUGCCUUCUGUCUCUGGCCGUCACAUCCCACACAAAGAGCAAUGGAACAACUCGCUAAUCAAAUAAUGUAACAACAUCUAGAAUUAUAGUUGUAACAUUCUACCAUCCUGUGUUAUCAUUGGUUAAAAUAAGCAAAAGCCUGUCAUCGUAAAAUGUUUGCCUGCCCACUAAACAUAUUUUACAUAGUUACAUUGCUAGUUGUAGAAGUACAAGAAUUAUGGCUUGUUGAUACUAAAGUCUUGAUUACUGUUUUAUUGCUGGUAAGAUGUUGAAAUACUGUACCAGGUGCUACUUGUGGUGGAAUGUGGGGGCCGGAAGGCUGGUGGCUUCACUAAACCUCUUGUUACUGUGUAGCGAACUUAUUUGUGUGUAUGCCUACAUGGCAAGUUCAGAUUCAGUCUUAAUGUAUGUGCAAUAAAUAAAUACCAGUUUUCAUA